CUGAAAUGAAAUUAUUUUACAUGUAUCUAUUAAAAACUUAUUUUCCACAAAAUAAAUCUACCUAACCUCAAUGACCCAUCCACCAUCUCCCUUCCUCUCUUGCCCCUCUCUUCUUCUCCCUCUUUAGGGGUCAGACCGGGGGACUUCCUCAAAGCCGUUUUGAAGCCCAAUUUAGAUCAGACCGGGUCCAACCGGGGGUCCGAUAGGGGUUUAACAACCUUGUGUGACAACCAUAUUCUGUCCUAAAGGAGAAGGGAUAAAAGAAAGGAAAAUUGAAAUAAUAGAAUUUCGCCGAUAUCACAGCAGACCAAGAUUGUCAAACCGGUUCAUAACGUUAUGCCGAUUUUGUAAGUGAUAUGGUACAACUGGUGGUACAACCGAUUUAUAGGGCUGGGAAAAUAGACCAGACCGUUAGAAAAACCGUGGUCCAAACCGUACCGCACAGUUUGGUCUGGACCGUAGACCGUUACGUAUGGUCUGGUCUGGUCCAUGGUCUGUAUUAUUUUAUGUUUUGAUCUCUUGGUCUGGUCUAGACCGCGGUUUACCUACCAAAUCGUGGACCCAACUAACUUGUCAAUACGUGUUAAUAGCCCAUUCAAUCACUCUCCCAACCCGCACAACGACACCCAAGUCUCAACCUUAAUUUUGAGAAUCCUGUCCCUCCUUCAUCCACAACCACAUUUAACCAGAGAGUAGAGAUAACUGUGUCUCUGUAUGACAUUAUGUUAAUGUUUAUAACGUUAUGGUGCAAGUUGGGAUGCUUUUACUUUGUAUUUUUGUUAUGUACUAAAAUUUAGGGUAUCAAAAUUAUUCAUGCAUGUUAAGAUUAAUGUUUUAAGGCAAAUAACAAUUAUUUUACUUGGUUAUUAGUUCAAUUUUUUUGUGUGGUUGACUAAACAAAUUAUUCAUUUUUCUUUGAGUGUGUUCUAUCUGGACCAGACCAGACCGAACCAGACCGCACAGGCGUGGUCUGGACCGGACCGUAUAGUCUGUUGUCUGGUCUGUGGUCUAUACUUCAGCCUCUCGAUCUGGACCAUAGACCGUAUAUAUGGUCUGGUCUGGACCAGACCGUACCGUUUCUCAGCCCUACCGAUUUAUGCCUAUUCACCUUUAUUCAGCAAAUUAUGUAAGAAAUUGAGAAAUCAUGAACACUAAAUAACUUAGGUAUACAUAUUUGAACAUAUCUCUAAAAUCCAUAUCCAUAUUUUAUGAAGAAAAUAUAACCAUCCAAAUAAAAUGACAUUGGUUGAACCCGAUUCUGCCGGCGGACAUACGAGAGGGAAACGGAAGGUAGCAGGAGAGCGAAUGACAGACGCACGCACUCAUACAACUGCCGCAUGUUCUGUAAAGUAAAGUCUUCCUUUUCUGCCUAUCUUGUUGUUACUUGUUUGUGCUUCAAAAUUAAAUUGAAGAAUUAGAAUUCGGCCGAUAUAACAGCACACCCACCUUCCUGGUUCCUUCCCCUUCUCUUCAACACCGCCUUUAUCUCACGCGCUUUCCUUCUCUAUAAAUUAGACUUCAACGGCAAUCAAAAUAUCUUCAGUUACCGGCCAUUCUAUAUAUUUUUUUUCUUCUGCAUAGCCAAAGCUGUGAGAUCUAAAAUAAGAACAGGAAGAAGAUGAGUUACUACAAUCAGCAGCAGCAGCCACCCGUCGGCGUUCCUCCCCCACAAGGUUACCCGAAAGAUGCUUAUCCACCACCGGGAUACCCUGUUCAGGGAUAUCCUCCCCAGUCGUACCCACCUCAAGGUUAUCCUCCCCAGCAACAAUACGCCCAGCAGCAAUACGCCCAGCAACCACCCAGGCAACAAAAAGAAGUUGGCUUCCUUGAAGGAUGCUUAGCAGCUUUGUGCUGUUGUUGCUUGUUGGAUGCUGUCUUCUGAGUUCCGAGGAAGGAGGAUGUUCAUGUAUUCUUGCGUUACAAUGAGCAUGUGGAGAUUGAAGACUGAAUAUCUUUUUAUGUUAUUAUGGGUUGUAACUGUGGAGAGUUGAGAGAUUUUAACAUUCCGUGUAUUAUAUAAUAAGGAAACUUGUUUCUUUGUUGGUUUUCCUAGGGCACUUUUUUUAUCUUGCAUAUAAAACUCACAAUUCUGAAUUCUAUAUGAGCAAAACUACCUAAACAAUGACAGAGUUCUAGUGCAGUUUGGUUCACAUUUUAUUUUUUGGGUGCUGCUUCAGUUUUGAUUCAGAGGGUUGUGGAUGUCUUCCUACUUGGGAUGCCAUAGGCUCUUGAUAGGUUUGGCUUUAUUGCACUUUGAAACAGCUGGAUUGGUUAAGUCAUAAGUGGGAGGUAUUCUUGUCCAAUUGGAAUCCAUUAUCGACUUGGUGUACUCCAACACGUCUUCAGAGCUGACCACUUUUAAGUUUGGGUAUGGAUUGCAGACGCAUGUCUCGCACCUUACACGAGGCCAUUAUUGUAUUAGGGCAUGUUGUAGAAAACCAAACUUGUAGCUGAGAACGCUAGGAUUUGAGAGAGCAACAAAUGAAGAAGACAAAGACAUUGUGGGGAAGUUGCAUUUGGCAAUCUGCGUAAAUUGCAAGGUUGGGUCAUUGAGAAAAUUAAAACAUUUUAUGUUUGGGAUUAAAUUUUAUUUAUUCCA